AUGUACGUGUGGGAGAUAUACGACGCCUCCACGGAGGAGCUCGAGGAGCACCUGCGGAUCCUUGAAGCCAAGGACAGAGGUCCCGCGGAGUCCCAGCUCCUCGCGGCGAUCCAGGAGGAGAUCCGCGAGCGCGGUGCCUCGGCGGCUGUACACGACGACAUCUUUGCGGUCCUGGAAGAUGAUUUCGCGGCGGGGCUGGGCCUGACGCUGUCCCCCGCGGGCUCUCCGCGCAAGGUGACCUCCCGGCUGGACGCCGACGCGGCGGCGGCGCCCCCCGCGUACGCCCCGGGGGGGGUGUUUCCUGGCGAGGAGGGGGGUGUCAAGCUCCCGCCGGUGGACUUCUCGUCGAUCGUCGUCGGCGGAUCCGGCGUGCCUGCGUCGCAGCUACCAGGCGAGGUCUCGCCGGACGGCAUCGCGGCGACGCCGCGGCGCGGAGGCGGCGCGCACCACACACCGCAGCGGACGGAGCCGCCGCGCACGCCGCAGCGCGUGCUGGCGAGCGUGAGCCGCAAGUCCCUGCAGCGCGAACCCUCCGCGGGCCCCGUCGCGGCGUGGCCGGUCCGAGAGUCCCCCCCUGACGCAGCAGUGGACCGGAGUCAGGAUGCCGGCGCAACGACCACCAACGUCGCGCACACGCACUCCCCCGAGCCCAGCCGCCCUGCCUCGCCGGACACAGCACACCCCUCCGCCUCUGAGCCUGCCCGCGACCCGGCAAGCGCCCCGAACGGCGGCGAAGCAGCAGCAGCUGCAGACGCGAACAGCAACGCCGUCGCGGCGGGGGACGGCGGCGACGCGCCGGCGGAGGACGAUGAAGGGGCAGCGGACGGCGAUGCGGCACAGGAGGGGACGCCGGCGCCGCAGAAGAAGGCGUCAACCCUUUCGGGGCUGUCUGUUGCGGAGGUGGCAAUGCGGAUGUUCAAGAAGGAGCGCCGCCGCGCGGCCAAGGCACGGAAGGCGCAGAACGAGGGCGCGUGGGGCUUCCGGGGCAAGGCGGAGGCGCGGAAGCGCGAGGAGGAGCAGCGGCGGCGGCAAAUCGCGGUGCAGGCGGCCGCGCCGGCACCAGCGGCGCGAUUGCCGCGGCAGGGGCGCUCGGACCGGCAGUCCGAAGGGGAAGGCGAAGACGAGGGGCGCGUGGCUGCGCUGCUGAGCCCCGCGGCGCCGGCGGCGGCUGCGCGCGACGCGGCGCGCGCGGAUGCGUCGUCAGCGCGGCGGAAGUUGGAGUUGGGUUUGCAGGAUGAUGCGGGCGGAGUUGAGGUGGCUGAGGCGGCUGGAGCGGAGGAGAGCGAGAGGGAGGAGGUCGGAAGGGGUGUGGAGAGGGAGGGGGGUGCGUCGAGUGCGCCGGAGAGCUCGUUGGGGCAGACGGAGGCGGAGAUGGGCGACGCGGGGGAGCGGGAGAUGGGGAAUGGCGACUUCGGGCGCACAGGGAAGUUCUCGAUCGCGGAGGCGAUGGCGGCGGCUGCGGCGGACCCGAGCGCGCCCGUGCCGUCGCUGCUGCCCCCGCCGAGCGCGCGCCCGCCGGGCUUCUCCUCCUCCCCUUCCUCUUCGCGCGCUUCCCAGUCGGGAAACCUCGAGUUGGAUUCCGACGACUCCUGGGUCGACCCCGGGUCCCCCGUCGCGCGCUCCGACGCCUCCUCCGCCGGCUCCGCGCACUCGAGCCGCAGCGACGCGUCCGGCGCGUCGCGCCCGGAGUCCCGCGCGCUCGUCGAGGGCGCCCAGGACGACGCGUUGGCGCAGUGGGGUCUCGGGGCGAAAGAAGGCGUGUGCGCUUGGAACGACGGCGACUGGGACGACUCCGCGGUCGCGCGCGCGAUGCGCGGGGACGGGAGCGGCGGCGCCGACGCGGUGGAGCUCAGCGGGAUCGAUGAAGUGCUGCUGGCGCGUGCACGUGCGCAUAUCGCGGCCGGCGGCGGCAUGUCGGACCUCGACACGUCGAGCGACAGCUCGUCGGACUUCGGGGGCGGCUCGGACGACGAGGCGAGCGGCGUGGGCGGCGGCGCGUGGGCCGACGGGCUCCCGGAGGAGGUGCCUGCGCUGCCAGUGAUUGGGCACAGCAGCGGGAGCGACGACAGCGGGAGCGAGCAGGCCGUGGACGUGGCGGCUGCGCAGACGACGGUGCCGCCCGCGCAGGUCAUGCCGCCGCGGGCGCCGCAGCAGCCGGGCGGGGGGGGGGGUGUUGCGCGGACAUCCGCGAAUCAGAUUCACCGCGUGGUGUCCGCGCCGCGCGGCAUGGCGUCCGCGGCGACGGAUCCCGACGCGUCGCCGCCGCGGGCGAACCCGGCGGCGCGGCUCCGGCGCCUGGCGUCGGCGCGUGCCGCGCCGAGUCAGGGGGGGGGUAAUUCGUCGAUGCUCGCGCAGCUGCAGCUGCCGGCGAUCGGGCCGCAGGGAUUCGAGGCGCUCUUCUCGUCGUCGUGGGGGUCCACGGGCACCCUGCUCCCCGUUUCGGUCUCCCGCGGGGCCGUCGUCAGCGCGACGUAUCGCGAGGUCCUGAAACGGUGCAUGGAGUGGCUGCGCCUCGCGACGGAGGGCCCGUUCUCGCGCAACAAAGCGCUCUUCAACCGCCUUGCGACCGAGGCCGUCGCCGCCCACGCGACCCGCGGGGUCGCAAUGAAACACCCCCCGGGGUCUUCCGUGCUGGCGACCGUCCUCCUCGAGGCCGCCGGGCGCUGCGCCGUGACCGACAACGGCUGCCCGGGCGGCGUCUCGGACGGUCCGAUCUAUGCGGACGCAGCGAGCAUCGCCGGCCUCCAGCGCCCCGCCACAGCGCUCGGGCUGCCUGCCCGCCCGCAGUCGUCGCGCGCCGCCACGCCCGCGCCGACAGUCGGCAGCGCGCUGCCGGGGCUCCCGCCGGACGCGGACCUCGAGAUGCGCCGGAGCACGCGGCCGAAGCGGUACUCGCUGCUCGUUCGGACCGUCGAGGAGCACCCGGAAGUCUUGGAAGUCCUAUCUCUGGCGAUGCGCGGCAAGGAUAUCUGGGAGAUGACUGCGGAGGUCACGAUGCGGCCGCCCGGGUGGGACCCGGCGGUGCCGCUGCCGGCGAACGCGGCGGUCGAGGUGCGGCGGGACUCUGUGCACGGGCCAGUGGUGGACCCGCGGGAGGCCGCGACGAACCUCUGGAACGUGCUGUGGACGUGGAGCAACAAGGUCCACGUGGACCACGACCGCCUGCUGUCCGUCCAGCGAGUCAACCACUUCCCCGAGGCGCGCCACUUGACGCGGAAGGACCUCCUCGGCCGCCACAUGGCGCGCCAGCGCCGCAUGUUCGCCGGGACGCGCUUCGAGGGGGCGUUCGCGCGGUUCCCGACGUCGUACGAGCUUCCAAGGGACCUGCCGGAGUUCAUGUAUUCGUUCGCUGUGGCGGGCGGGGACAGGGACGCGCGGCCGCCGGUGGGGGCGCCGCCGCCGCCGCCCGUCGCGCCGGCGCAGGGGGCCGGGCGGAACGUGUGGAUUCUGAAGCCCGUCGCGCAGUCGAAGGGGCGUGGGAUCUUCUUGACAGAGGACUGGGACGAGGCGGCGCGCGAGCUGGACGAGGGCUACGUCGCGCAGCGGUACCUCACGCGCCCGAUGCUGCUAGAGGGUCACAAGUUCGACCUCAGAGUAUACUGUUUGGUGACUAGUUUCCAACCCCUCGAGGCCGCACUGUACACGGAGGGCUUCGCGCGGUUCGCCCCGAAGCCGUACAGCAUGGACGACCUAUCCGACCUCGGAGUGCACCUCACCAACGCCUCGCUCCACGCAGAGGACUUAGAAUGCGCCAUGCGGCUUCCUCCAGAGCUCAAUGCCUAUCUGGGCGAGGACAACCUUCCGGCCGAGAUGGCGGGCUGCGACCUGGCGCGCGAGGCGCUCAACACCCCCGGGGGCACGAAGAUCUCGCUCGGGCGCCUGUGGUCGCUGCUGGCCGCCCGGGGCCUUCCGUCGCGCGACCAAAUAUGGCCGCAGGUCUGCGAAGCGGCGCUUGCGGCCCUGUUCGCGGUCGGCGGCGAGAUCCGGAACCGCCCGAGCUGCUUUGAGCUGUUCGGCAUCGACCUCAUCAUCGACGAGCAGGGCCAGGUGUGGCUCCUCGAGGCCAACGCGUCCCCGUCGAUGGUGUUGCUGUCCGCGCUCGAUCGCAUCGUCAAGCCGCGGCUCCUCGGCGACGCAGUAGAGGCCGCCGCGGCGCCGCCGUUCGACCGUGCAGCGCUCGCCGAGGCCCUGCAGCGCCGCAUGGGCCUUCUCGGGCGCGGCCAUCAGCGGCGUCAGGGCCUGCUGUCGGGCACCGCGUCAGGCGAGCGUGAGCUCGCUGAGUCUGACAUGGCGGGGAUCUUCCCCGACAGCACGCUGGGGCCGGGGGGCAGCGGGAUCGUGGCCGGGUGCGUGCCGGGCGGGCGCAAGUGGCCGGGGCUGUUCGAGGCGCUUGCGCCGUCAAAGCUUCUGGAGCAGUUGCAGCGCGCGCAGCCGCGGUCGUCGAUGGGGCUGCGCGCGCCGUCGAGGCUGGAGAGCCGGGGAUGA